ACCACGUUAAAGUAGAGCCAACCAGCUUCCUCCGCCUCACCACGGCCUCAGGCAGGCAAAAGCACGGCCCUUCUCUCCCCCACCACAUCAGACACAUCAUCACAUCACACACAGCGCCGCGAUAGCUAGCUCGCACUAGCAGCCAGUGAGAGCUCCCGCUCCUCUGUCUGCCGGUGCUGCUCCGCGACGCGACGCGGCGCGAAAGGGGAUCGGCAUCGAUGGCGGGCGGCGGGGAGGGAGGGGUUGGGAGGGUGAAGGCGGGGAGCCGGCCGCCGUGGGUGGGGCUCGCGGCGGCGGUGUGGGUGCAGGUGGCGGCCGGGAGCGCCUACGUCUUCCCGCUCUACUCGCACGCCGUCAGGGAGGCGCUCGGGUACAACCAGAAGGCGCUCACCAUGCUCGGCGUCGCCAACGACGUGGGCGAGAACGUCGGGCUCGUCCCUGGGGUGCUCGCCAACCGCCUCCCGCCCUGGCUCAUCCUCGCCAUUGGCUCCGCCUGCGCCUUCUUCGGCUUCGGCACCGUCUGGCUCGCCGUCACCAAGACCGUCGCCAUGCCCUACUGGGUGUUGUGGAUAGCUCUUUGUAUUGGCACAAACAGUAGUGCAUGGUUGGGCACUGCGGCGCUUGUGACCAACAUGAGGAACUUUCCUCUCAGCCGAGGAACUGUUGCUGGUCUCAUCAAAGGUUAUGUUGCUGUUAGUGCUGCUGUCUACACGGAAACAUUUAACGGCAUGCUUCAGAAUUCUCCCGCAAACCUUUUGCUAUUGCUUGCUUUGGGGAUCCCAACGGCAUGUAUUGUCGUGAUGUAUUUUGUUAGGCCUUGCACUCCAUCGCUGGAUGAGGACAACGCAACAGAGCACAGCCACUUUGUGUUCACACAAAUCUCUAGUGUGGUUCUUGGUGUAUAUCUUAUGGUAGCUACAAUACUUGGUGAUACUUUGAAACUAAGUGCGACUAUUACCUACCUUUUGUUUGGUAUAAUGAUAGUUCUGCUUCUUUCUCCACUUGCAAUACCAAUAAAAAUGACACUUUAUCCAAGCAAACCAAAAGGGGAAAAGGCCAGCACCAUUGUUCCAUCUUAUUCAACUGAUAGUUUGUCUGGUGCGGAUCAAGAGAAUUCAGAACCACUUCUGCGUGGCAGUUCAAGAACACUUCUUAAUGGCACCAACGAUUCUGAUGAGGCUACUGAUGUGGAUCUUCUGUUGGCUGAGGGUGAGGGGGCAGUGAAUUUGAAAAAAAGAAGAGGGCCGAGAAGGGGUGAUGAUUUCACAUUCGGUGAAGCCUUAGUUAAGGCAGAUUUUUGGCUACUGUUCAUUGUAUACUUUUGUGGUGUUGGCACUGGUGUCACUGCUCUGAACAACCUAGCUCAGAUUGGAAUUGCUGCUGGUGCUAAUGACACAACCAUUUUGUUGUGCCUCUUCGGCUUCUGCAACUUUGUCGGCCGUAUCCUGGGUGGAUCUGUUUCUGAAUAUUUCGUAAGGUCAAGAAUGCUUCCUCGUCCUUUCUGGAUGAUGUGCACACAAGUAAUCAUGGUGGUAACCUUCCUCCUUUUCGCAACUGGUCUUCAUAGCUUGAUUUAUGUUUCAACUACACUCCUGGGGAUAUGUUAUGGAGUCCAAUUCGCCGUGAUGAUACCAACUGUCUCGGAGCUUUUCGGUCUGAAGGACUUUGGGCUGAUGUACAACUUCAUGCUCCUGGUUAAUCCGCUCGGCGCAUUCUUUUUCUCAGCCCUUCUUGCUGGUUAUAUCUAUGACAAGGAGGCAGCAAAGCAGCACCCUGGUGUGCUGGAGGCUUCAAACUGCUUUGGACCUGACUGUUUCAGGGUUACCUUCUACGUUUGUGCCAUGGUGUGUUGUUGCGGAAUCUUAGUGAGCGUAUUUUUCAUAGCGAGGAUCAAGCCAGUUUAUCAGAUGCUCUAUGCCAGCGGAUCGUUCAGACACCCUCGGCACCACCAGCUGCUCCACUGAUGGCAAAACUUGGAACAGAGAGAAGCUGGAAGAUUAUUAGUACGAAAGCCCAAUUUUUUUUUUUGAGAAAAUUAUCAGCUGGAGUCGUGUAUAGCCUUCUUUUGCAUCCUAUUGCAGUGCUGUAUUGUCCCAUGGUUGCUUGCCUGAUUUCCCUAUUGUAUGCGUUGAUUUCAUUUGUCUCUCUUCUGUAAAAAGCACACAGCCGGUCGUCGGCGCUAGCGUUGGAUGGGGACCUGGGGUGCCCGGGUGCGUAUAUAUGUGCCAGAGCUUGUGCUGCUGUACAUCAGGAUGCAGUGAGUACCAUCUUGUGCAUUUCCCUUCCUGAUACCCUUGAGUUCAUUUAUGUAUUGGGAGUCUAUCUCAGUAUCUUGUAUAUUCUGAACUCAGGGCCUCAGGGGUAUCGCGGUAUCUUGUAUAUUCUGAACUCACAUAGUAAUAUGAGAUUCCAUUGAACAUUUUCCCA